UUCUCGGGACAUGAUUGGUUAGUCUCUAGCUCACUGAGUGCUCACGUAUGGCAACCGCCAACGGCUGCUGAGUUUAAACCCGAGCUCUAGCCGCAGGCGCCGAGCUCCCGGAGCUGGGUGCUGGCCCCCCCAACGCUGAAAAAGCGUGAUGGAGUACCCAGCUAUGGAAACUGGCUCACUUUUUACCUCAGGAAUUAAAAGACAUGUGAGAGACAAAAGAAAUUCAAAGACUGCCAAGUUGAAUGUUUCUCUUGCUUCAAAAAUCAGAACAAAAAUAUUAAACAAUUCUUCUAUUUUCAAAAUUUCUUUAAAACAUAACAACAGAGCAUUAGCUCAGGCUCUUAGUAGAGAGAAAGAAAAUUCUCGAAGAAUAACAACUGAAAAGAUGUUAUUGCAAAAAGAAGUGGAGAAACUGAAUUUUGAGAACACAUUUCUUCGCCUCAAGCUAAAUAAUUUGAAUAAGAAGCUUAUAGAAAUAGAAGCACUCAUGAACAAUAACUUGAUAACUGCAAUUGAAAUGAGUACCCUUUCUGAGUUUCAUCAGAGUUCCUUCCUCCUGCCAACUAGCAGUAAGAAACGAGCUAGUAAACAGUGCAAAUUGAUGCAUCUUCCAUUUGCAAGGGUUCCAUUAACUUCAAAUGAUGAUGAUGAUGAUGAUAAAGAGAAAAUGCUGUGUGACAACAAUGCCGUAUCAAAGACAUCACCUGAUAUUCCCUCUUCAGUGUCAACAAGACAAUCUUUAUCAACUCAGAACAAUUUGGAGUUGUUAUUUCUUAAAGAAAAUAAUCAGAAUGUGUGUGGGUUAGAUGACUCAGAACAUAUUUCUUCUUCUAUUGUCGAUAUAUUUCCCAAAGAAAACCAUUCUCACUCAGACCAAAGUUCCAAGAUUUCGCUAAUGAAUGAGAUGAAAAAUGUCCAGCCUGUCAGCCACAUAAAGGACAAACCAUCUCUUAGUAAUGUGACGAAAAGGAAGAAACGUGUAUCAUCUUGGGAGCCAAAUAAUCCUUCUGCAGAUAUUCCAUGUGUCGCAGAUUUACAUGAACAACAGAUUUCAUGUCCAGAAUUAAAUUGGAAUAAUGAGAUGAAUAAUCAUACUAAGGAAAUAAAUGUAAGGAUGCAAAGAAAUAAACAGUGCCUUCCUGAGUCUUCUGAGCCUACAAGUGAACCUACCACAGAGGGCAUGAAUGAGGUUCAGGGUAGUGAGGACUUUCAAUUGCAGAAAACCGUGUAUGAUGGGGACAUGGAUUUAACUGCUAGUGAAGUAAGCAAAAUUAUUGCAGUAUCUACAGGAACUAAAAAUAAAAGUAAUAAAAAACUAAAUGAUUGUGGAGUGAAAACUUUUAGAAAAGUGAAAGAUUCAAGCUCUGAAAAAAAGAAAGAAAGAUCAAAGAGAGAAGUGAAAAAUAGAACAGAUGUGGAUAUUGAGACAACACUUGAAAAUGGACAAGAAAGAAGAUCUGUUGUCCUGGAUGGCAAAGGGGAUUCAGAAGAUCUGAAUUUUAUGUUCCAUACUGAACAGCAGGCUCAACAACCAAGUAUGCUGAAGAAAAUAACAUUUCAUAAUGGCUUUUAUAAGGAUGAUAGACAAAAUACACAGUAUCAUAAAAAGAAGAAAAUACAUGCAACAAAUGAGCAAGAGGAAACAUACUCUUUCCCCCAAAGUGCAGAUAAAUGUCAGCAGGAGAGCAAAUCUGAUAUGUGUCAGAAUUCUCUAGCUUGUAAGAAAAGUAAGACUUCUAGAAAGACAUUUGUGAUUCAGACAUUAGAGAAAGGUAACUUACUCCCAAAUCUAAAGGAUAAAGAAACCAUUUCUGAAAACCUAAAAGUCACAAAUAAAUUUCAAACAGCUGAUCUUCCCACCAAAGACAAUGGGAAUUUAUGUGAUUAUGAGACCCAAAAUACAUUGGAUUUUAAAAAACAUGUCACUGAUGUGCAGUCUGCUCAGCAAAAUGAAUCAAAAAUAAAUAAGAAGCUUAGGCAGAAGGUAAAUCGAAAGACAGAAAUAAUUUCUGAAAUGAACCAAAUACAUGAGGACAAUCCUGAAGAUGUACAUGGCCCAGGAAAAGGUAACUUUUCCCUUCAAAUCCAAGAGGGUGAAGAAAACAUUUCUGGAAACCUAAAAGUUUCAAAUGAGUUUCAAAAACAUACUCUUUCCAUCAGUAGUAAUGGAAACCUGUAUAAUUAUGACACCCAAAAUAUGUUGGAUUUGAAAAAGCAUGUCACUUAUAUGCAACCUGCUGAGCAGAAUGAAUCAAAAAUAAACAAGAAGCUUAAGCAAAAAGUAAAUCGGAAGACAGAAAUAAUUUCUGAAGUGAAUCGUUUAGAUAAUGACAAAAGUGUGUAUUGCCCCAAAAGGAGUAACACUUUCUUUCUAAUGCAGGAUAAAGAAAUCUCUGAAAGCUUAGAAGACCCUAGUGAGUUUCAAGCACUUGUUCAUUCUACCAAAGAUAGUGGAAAUCUAUAUCAUUUUGACACUCAAGAUGUUUUGGGAAUGAAAAAGCCUGCCUAUGAUCUGGAACCUUCUUCUCAAAAUAAAUCAAAACGAGAUAAAAAAUCUAGGCAAAAGGUACAUAGGAAGACAGAAAUAAUUUCUGAAGCCAACCAAAUAUUUGAGGAUGACAUGGGCAUGCAUGACUCAGAAAAAGGUGAUUUAUUUUCUCUAGCUCAAAAAGAUAAAGGAAUCCAUAAAGACCUGAAAGACUCAAAUGAGUUUCAAAUUGCUGAUCCUUCUUCCAGAGAUAAUAGGAACCUAUGUAAUUAUGAGACUCAAAACGUUUUGGGAGUGAAAAAACAUGUUACUGAUAUACCACCCGUAAAGCAAAAUGAACCAAAAAUAAAUAAAAGGCUCAGGCAGAAAGUAAAUCGGCAGGCAGAAGCAAUUUUGGAAGGGAACCAAACAAAUGAGUUUAAUAACAAAGGUUUGCAUGAUCCUGAAAAAGUUAACUUCUUUCCCCUAAUCCAAAAGGAUAAAGAAACCAUUUCUGAAAACCUAGAAGUUACAAAUGAAUUUCAUACAGCUUAUCUUUCUACUAAAGAUAAUGAAAGUUUAUGUGAUUUUGAGGCUCACAGUACGUUGGAUUUGAAAAAACAUGUCACUAAUAUGCAACCUACCCAGCAAAAUGAAUCAAAAAAAAAAAAACUUCAGCAGACAGUAAAUCGGAAGACAAGACUAAUUUCUGAAAUGAGCCAAAUAUAUGAGGAUAAUACUAAAGAUGUGCAAAGCCAAGAAAGCCAUACAAAAGAUCUUGAUUUUAAAAUAAAUAAAUCUAAACAAAUGUUCGAAUGUGUAGGUAUUACCAGUGGAUACAAUAUGAAAAUCAGUAGUAGUGAAAAGGAAAAUUGUGACCAAAUUUCAAAUCAUUACAAACUGGAUAAAAAACAUGGGAAAAAAUCACCAGGCAAAGCAAAGAACGUUUUGGCAGAAGGUAAAAAUAAACCUAGUUUGAAGUCACCAAAUUCUUCACAAACAUCUAUCUCAGAGUCAGACUUAAAACAUAAUACUGAUGAAGCAGAUUCUGAUCGUGGAAACCAAAUGAAACCACGUAAGAAUCCAAAGCAAAGCACUACAACUCUGACUAAAAAAGAUACUCCCUUUGUGGAAGUGACAAAAGAAGACCAAAAAACAGAUAAAGAGACAUCCAAAUCAAAGAGAAGGAAGACCUUCAUAAAUCCUACUCAUAGACAGGAAGUAUUGGAGAUAAUACCUGACACCAUUCAGGGACUAUCAUUUCAAUCAGAACAAACUGAUAAAGAAAAAGCAUUGGAAAGUGAGAAAAUUAUCAAAAUAAAGCCAGACUUUUACACAAAGGUGUUUAAAUCUUUAUCUCAGAUAUAUUCGCCUAAUAUACAUGAUUCUCCCUUUAACAGUGUUCAUGAAGGUUCAAUACCUUUGAGUAUUUCUUCUAGUAAAAAUAUAAUGAAAGAAAAUUCUGCCCAGAACUCACCAGUCAGUGAUGAUGUAAAUGAGAAGAUGAAAGAAAUGGAUUUUAAAAUCAACCAGAGAACACAAAAAUCAGGAGUAGGUGAUAGGACACUACAGGACUUGACAAAUACCAGUUUUGUUUCAAAUAACACUGCUAAAUCUGAAAAUAAGACAGAAGACUUGUCAUCAGAGCUGCCAAGCCGAAGACGAAAGUGUGCUCCUCUCUGUUUUAAAGAGCCAAGUCUCAGAAAGAAGAUGAGGAGAUGAGGUGAAUUUAUGGAUUCUGGUUUUUCUGAAUUCUCAAAACAUAACGAGUCAUUGCAGGGAUCCAACUAGGAUCAAACAGAUGAAAAAUGGAAUGAAGAGUGUUGCAUUUUUUUGUUCUGUUUUGUGCCUUCUCAUGGAGUGCUGACUUAUUCAUGUUUAAAUAUAUGUGCACAAAAUUGCUAUUUUGUAAUACUAAAUUUUUCAAGUCAUUUUGGCCAUGCUAUAGCUUAUCUUCCUGUUCAUUUAAACUUCUUUCAACUUAACAGCCUUUAAUUAAACCAUAGCUGUUAUCCUUUUAACCAAAUAAAGUGUAUUCUGAAUAUUUUUGAUUAUCUUGUUGCAUACCUAGCUGCCUUGUUUUGUUUUAAACUAUUAAUGUGAACACAUCUAUAAGAGUUUAAAAGUUGCCUCCUGCCCUGGCCAGUUUUCUCUCACACUUUAUUCUUCUACUUUCAGAAUGACUUGUUAGGUGUCCGCCUAUAUAUUACUUCUAUUAUAUUGUGAUCUGUUUAGUUGUCGGGGAGGGGGGUGGUUAACCUUUCAAACUCUUUGGAUUGAGUUUUUGUGACUUUAUUUUAAAGAUUGCUUACUAUUCCAGUAAUAAGGAGUAAGUAUAUUAAUAUCUGAGAUCACUGAACAUAAAACCAUGUUCAAAAAAGUUACCAUAGUGAAAUCCUAUUAUGCCUGAUGAGAAAGCUUUCUUAGACAAUACCUGACAAGUAAAAGGGUGGACCCAGAAAUCUGCAUUUUUAACAAACACUUCGGGUAUUCUAAUUCUGGGGCAAAUUGUCCUAACUUUGAGAAACUGAUGUAGUAAUACAGAGUCCCUCAGAGCUUACUUAUAAUAUUUGCAAUUUUGGCUGAAUGGAGGCUAGAAUCUUUAUUAAAAAGGAACACUUUACAGAGCAGUUAAGAGUUCAGUACUCUGAGAUCAGGAUAAUAAAUAAUUAAAAAAACAAAAACAAAAUUAACAGGCCACUAUAAGUCAGAGACAUUCUACAGAGGUGGGGGAGGGAGAAGUAAGAACCCAAGGGACUAUGGUGGUGGUGUGCGGGUGGUUUGAUGGUGGGAAUUUUCUGUGGACUACACCUGAGAGGAAAAAGCAAAUAUUGUACAAAAAUAAACGAUGUAAAAUAUAU